GAGAGCGCUGCCUGAGCUCAGAGAGGAGGCCGAGGCCGGCAGCUGAAGCGGCGGCAACGGCGGCUCAUGGCUCCUCGAACGGGCGGCUGAGGAGCGAGCGUGUGCGGGGCUGGCCGCUGAGUCCCCACCUCACCCCCGGUGAAGCGGCGGCUGGGCCCUCCGGCAGCGGCAGCGCUUUUGCCCCCCCUCCGCGGUGGUGUUAUGGCCCCUUGCUGGCGCACGAAGGGGUCCCUGGCUUGGAGGUCAGCGCAGCUCCUGCUCCUCGUCGCGUCCUCCUGUUGCGGAAACAGUGCUCUUGCAGAACGUUCAGAAAAUGUGCAUAUUUCAGGAUUGUCAACUGCUUGUGGAGAUAUUCCAGAGCAAAUUAGAGGUCCAACUGGGAUAAUCACUAGCCCAGGCUGGCCUCUCGAAUAUCCUGCCAGAAUCAACUGUAGCUGGUAUAUUCGGGCAAACCCAGGAGAAGUUAUUACAAUAAGUUUUCAGGAUUUUGAUGUUCAGGGAUCACGGCGAUGCAGUUCAGAUUGGCUGACAAUAGGGGCAUACAAAAACAUGGAAGGUUACAGAGCAUGUGGGUCUUCUAUUCCUUCUCCAUACAUCUCAUCACAGGACCAUGUUUGGAUCAGAUUUCAUUCUGAUGAAAGUAUAUCAAGGAAAGGUUUCAGACUGACUUAUUUUGCAGGGAAAUCCAGUGAACCAAGCUGUGACUGUAACCAGUUCCAUUGUGCAAAUGGGAAAUGCAUUCCAGAAUCUUGGAAAUGUAAUAACAUGGAUGAAUGUGGAGACAAGUCUGAUGAAGAAACCUGUGCCAAAGCAAAUCCUCCAACUCCUCCUUCCUUCCAACCAUGUGCAUACAACCAGUUUCAGUGUCUGUCUCGCCUCAAAGUUUAUACUUGCUUUCCAGAAUCUUUAAAAUGUGACGGAAACAUUGACUGUCUUGACUUUGGAGAUGAAAUAGACUGUGAUGUCCCAACAUGUGGACAGUGGCUAAAAUAUUUUUAUGGUACUUUCAAUUCUCCUAAUUAUCCAGACUUUUAUCCUCCAGGGAGCAAUUGCACUUGGCUAAUAGACACUGGAGAUCAUCGCAAAGUUAUUUUGCGUUUCACUGACUUUAAACUUGAUGGUACUGGUUAUGGGGACUAUGUCAAAAUAUAUGAUGGAUUGGAGGAGAAUCCUCGCAAGUUGUUGCGUGUUCUAACUGCGUUUGAUUCACACGUCCCUCUUACAGUUGUUUCUACUUCUGGUCAAAUCAGAGUGCAUUUUUGUGCUGAUAAGGUGAAUGCUGCAAGAGGAUUUAAUGCUACUUAUCAAGUAGAUGGCUUCUGUCUUCCAUGGGAAAUCCCAUGUGGUGGAAACUGGGGCUGUUACACAGAACAGCAGCGCUGUGAUGGUUAUUGGCAUUGCCCAAAUGGAAGAGACGAAACCAACUGCACCAUGUGUCAAAAAGAAGAGUUUCCUUGUUCUCGGAAUGGUGCCUGCUAUCCACGUUCUGACCGCUGCAACUAUCAAAAUCACUGCCCAAAUGGUUCAGAUGAAAAGAAUUGCUUCUUUUGCCAGCCAGGAAAUUUCCACUGCAAAAAUAAUCGAUGUGUGUUUGAAAGCUGGGUUUGUGAUUCUCAAGAUGAUUGUGGUGAUGGUAGUGAUGAAGAGAAUUGCCCAGUCAUUGUUCCCACCAGAGUAAUAACUGCUGCUGUCAUUGGUAGCCUAAUUUGUGGGCUGCUCCUUGUCAUUGCUUUGGGAUGCACUUGUAAGCUGUAUUCAUUGAGAAUGUUUGAACGAAGAUCCUUUGAGACACAGUUGUCAAGGGUUGAAGCUGAGUUGUUAAGAAGAGAAGCACCUCCUUCUUAUGGACAGUUGAUUGCUCAGGGUUUAAUUCCACCUGUUGAAGACUUCCCUGUUUGUUCACCAAAUCAGGCUUCGGUUUUAGAAAAUUUGAGACUGGCAGUGCGAUCCCAGCUUGGGUUUACCUCCAUUAGGCUUCCAAUUGCUGGACGAUCAACUAAUAUUUGGAACCGAAUCUUUAAUUUUGCAAGAUCUCGUCAUUCUGGAUCCCUGGCAUUAGUGUCAUCAGAUGGAGAUGACAUUACCAGCCAGGGUGCUAACAGAGAAGGUGAAAGAACUGGCUCUCACCGAAGUCUCUUUUCAGUGGAGUCUGAUGAUACGGACACAGAAACCGAACGAAGAGACGCAGCAGGCGCAGUUGGUGGGAUUGCUGCUACUUUGCCUCAAAAAGUCCCUCCUGUGACUGCAGUGGAAGCCACUGUUGUCUGUGGAACUUCCUCAGUUCAGAAUGCCAGCAAUAGUGCGGAUAGCGGAAGGGAAGCAGCGAGUGCAGAACACCCAAGUUCCAGUCCAGGACGCCAUCAGUUCUCUAGUGCACUCAGUCGCAUGACUCAAGGGUUACGUUGGGUACGCUUCACUUUAGGGAGAUCAAGUUCAGUAAAUCAGAGCCAAAGUCCUUUGAGACAGCUUGAUAAUGGAGUUGGUGGAGGAAGAGAUGAAGAUGAUGAUGUUGAAAUGCUAAUUCCAGUUUCUGAUGUAGCAUCGGACUUUGACGUGAAUGACUGCUCAAGACCUCUGCUUGAUCUCACCUCAGACCAAGGACAAGGGCUUCGACAGCCGUAUAGUACAACACAUAAUGGAACACGAUCCUGUAAUCGGGAUGGUCCCUGUGACCGCUGUGGGAUGGUACAUACUGCUCAGAUACCUGACACUUGCUUAGAAGCAACACUGAAAAAUGAAACUAGUGAUGAUGAGGCUUUGCUACUUUGUUAAGAGUACGGAUUGAAUGGUUGAGAUUGUAUGCAAGUUGGAGCAAUAUUGGUGAUUGUUUUGUACUUCAUAAAGAAAACUGGGGGGGGGGGGGCGUGUUGUUUCCAAAAAAAGAAUCCAGGGCAAAUCAUGAUACUUAAAAACAUUGUGCAUGACUUAACGAAUCUGUCAUGUGGGCAUUUAAUGCAAAAGUUUUCCCAAUUCAGCAUACAUAAUGUACAUCUUUUACAAUGUGGUUAUUCUUUAAAGGUUAUCUUCUGAGGACUUCUGUCACAGCUAUGCUUUGUUUUUUUAAAGCUUGUUCAGAGAAGUGACCCUACGUAGCAUCUUUAUGACGUAAGAAAUAGCAAGCAACAAAAGAUCUUUGAGGAGUUCUGCAAUAUGCAUAUUUCAGACUGUCAUCUGACGGUUUGCAUGUUGAAGAACUGCAGACGGUUAGCAUGCAUCUGUUCCUGGUUCCCUUUCACAUACUUUAAGGAUUAAGACAGGAUGAGAUAACAUGGGAAAUGAUCCUCAACAUCAGAUAGGUUUAACGUGGUGUGUAAUUCACAACAGAAAGUUGGCUGCUCAACUACUUUUGGCUGCCUGACACUCACUCCAGGUUAACUGGCUAGUUUGUACAGAAUAUUUAUUCCCCUUUGAAGUCAAAUCCAAUGUACUAUUGCCAAUAUAAUUUUAACUGAACAUACUAAAUGCUGAUUAUUUCUAAAUAUUUUUUCCUUUUGUGGUUUAUAAUAUUUUCUCUAAUUGUUAUUGAAUGUCAUCAUGUUGAGCUUUUUCAAAGGGGUGAGAGACUUUCUCCAACACGCUAUAUAUUUUUUUCUUUUAAGAGUUCAGAAAGCAGUUAACUUAGAUAUACUGAUGGCAAAAAAAAUCUUUUGUAGUUUUUAUAACAUUGACUUUAAUAAGUUGCUCUAGUAUGGUACAACCAAAUAAGGUGUAAAAUUCAAAGUAACUUUUCCAUCUGUCUUUCAAGAUAGAUGACUGAAGCAGUUAAAAUAUGCAUUAAUUCUUGUAUAUAAUGUGGGUUUUUUAAGCUGAAACAGGUACAUGUUACUCAAGAAAAUAUGUUCCAACUGCUAAUGGAUCUUUUCCCUAAUAGGGUUUUAAUUUGUUUGGUCUAAAGGGAUUUGCACUAAAAUUAUAUUAAAGUCUCUGAAGAGCUUAGUGCACAAGCACUAUCACUUUACUAUUCUCUAAUACAGCAAUUAUUAUUAUAUAUAUAAAUAUUUCUAUGGCUCUGGUCUUAAGUUCUUGCUUUCAUCAGUCAUUGUUUCUGCAAUUGAAUUUGCUUUACUAAUUUCCUAUUUAUUCAUUGUAUUUAAGAGCUGGUUUAUCUGGCAUCAGUUGUGCUUUUUUUAAAAAAAAAAUUCAGUGUAUUUCAAGGGGUUUUUGUUUGUUUGUUUCAUCACGUUGUCGAUGCAAAACAUGCCAUUGGGAGACAAAUGUUCAUAGUUUUCAGUUUUGUGACCAGUGGGUGUUUGUUAUUACUAGAUCAUAUCGAGAAUCUACAUCUUUUAAGGAGGUUGAAAAAUUUGUCAGUUGCUGUUCUAUUUAUUCUUUGCCAGUCUAAUAGGCUUAAUGAUUUAGUACGAAAAGUGUAUUUGUGUGACUGUGUGCUAUUUAUUAAAUUUCACAUAAUUUUGCUGAA